CCCCCCACUGCUCCCCCCUUUCAACUUCAAAUGGGGGGUUCAAGCGUCCUCCGGUUAACGAGUCUCAUAUUUUGCAUCUGUUGAUUUUUGCUAUCGAAAGUGUUUAUAUUAAUAUUAAUUAUAAAAUAUCUGGAUUUUAGUUUUUUUUACAUUGUUUCAAUAGUUUUCAAUUCUCAUUUGCAUUCAAGAGUCAUUCGCAACGGCAGAAUUUGUUGAUCGUGUUUGAUAAUUGAUUGCUAUUUGAGAUUAAAGUAUGACAACUGCAGCCCGUCCAACUUUUGAACCAGCGCGAGGAGGUGGUGGUCGAGGUGAAAAAGAUUUGAGUGCCUUAUCAAAGCAAUAUUCUAGCAGAGAUUUACCUGGUCACACUAAAUUGAAGUAUAGACAAACUGGACAAGGAACUUCUGAAGAAUUAAAAAGCAAAGAUUUCCGCCGUGAAUUGGAAGAGAAAGAAAGAAUAGCUUCACAUGACAGAGAAGGGAAAAGAUCAUCUCGAGAUACGGGUAGUAGUUCUGCUAAAAAAUCUAGACUUGAACAACUACCUGCUGCUAAUUUGGAUGCAGAUGAUCCUUUAGAUGAUGAUGAUGAAAGUGACGACAGUGAUGAAGAUAACACUGCUGAAUUAAUGGCUGAAUUGAACAGAAUAAAGAAGGAAAGAGCUCAAGAAGAAGCACGAAAGGAAGCAGAACGAAAAGCCCAAGAAGAAAAAAUUAGGACUGAAAAUAUUCUUAGUGGAAAUCCUUUGUUAAAUAAUAAACCUGUUGAAUUUAAAGUGAAAAGAAGAUGGGAUGAUGAUGUGGUUUUUAAAAACUGUGCUAUAGAAGAACCUGAUAGAAAGGAAAAACCUUUUAUCAAUGAUACUUUGCGUUCCAGCUUCCAUAAAAAGUUCAUGGAAAAGUAUGUCAAGUAAUUUAUGAGGAAAAGUGGUCAUUACUUGAUUAUCUGAAACUAUAAAAUGUCUGUAUUAUUAUUUUUCUCAUAUAUCUUACUGAACUGUAUCAAUAUUUAUUACUAACUCCUGUAAGUAAUAAAACAAAUAUAACAUUACAUUAAAGAAUCUGCAUAAGUCA